UCGCUCUGCAUGCCUGCCGGUGCGGCACGAGGCGCAGAUGAUGCUGGACGGAGACCGACGCCUCGCAGUUUUUCCGCGCUGCAACCCUGGAGUACCGCGCGUGAUUCAGCGACGUGUUACGUCUUUUUAAUAUCGUUCAGCAUCGUUCACACGUCUUACGUAUCCCGCGCGUUUACCAGAAAACAGCCGGCAGCAUCUUUAGAAAAUCAGUCGUCCAUGUCAUCCUGUGACUCGGCGUGGAUCCUCCCACCAGGGAUACGGACUAUUUAUACAGCGUGCAGCAUCCCGAGCCUUCUAGAGAUACGAAAUCUGAAUCUGAAAAAAACAGAGAAUCUGAAGAUUUUCCGUUUGGAGUGCCAGCUCUAAUUCUGGCUGCCAGUAUGCCUCUGUUGGAAGAAAGUUCUGUGCCGAGGGAUUGUACUCGAACUGUGCCAUUAGUCAUCAUUGGUAACGGUCCUUCAGGUAUAUGCCUGUCGUACCUUCUGAGUGGAUAUACUCCUUAUUUAGAUCCAAUGGCUGUGCACCCAAAUCCUAUCCUUUUUCGUAAACUACAAGAAGCCAAGCAGCUUCCCAUCACAGAACAGGAUUUGGAGUUUCUUUGCGAAGGUUUAGAGGGUCGUUCAGGAAACCCUGUGGCGGUGCUCUUUGACACACUCCUUCAUCCAAAUGCAGAUUUGGGCUUCGAGUUCCCCUCUGUACUGCAGUGGAGGCUGGAAAAGAAACAUCACAUUCCUCAUCUCGUUUUGGGCAAAGCCACACCAGGUGGUGCCUGGCACGCAAUGGAAGGUUCGAUGCUGACCAUUAGUCUUGGUAUAUGGAUGGAGUUACCAGGAGUCAACUAUAGAGAUUUGACCUCGGGCAAAAGAAGGUCGGUGUCAAAUGAUCGAGCCACUCCAGAUGAGAUCUCUUCAUACUACAAAAAUUAUGUCAAGCUCAUGGGUCUCCAGAAGAACUUUGUGGACAAUACCUAUGUCACCUCUGUUCAAAAACUUCACCGCAGUCAUGAAAAAUGUCUUGGAAAUGAAAAGAACACUGUACAUGGUCAAUUGAAUAGUGUAAAAAUGGGGUUUGAUUAUUGCAAUAAGAACAGCACUGAGAAUGGUCAGAAUGGACUGGUAAAUGGGUUUAGCAAUGAGUUACAAAAUGGAAUGGAGAAUAGCAGUAGAAGUGGGGAUAUUGGGGAGGAUGAUGAAGAUAAAAGAGGCAAUGAAAGAGUGAGGGAGAGUAUUGGGGUUUCUCAAGGACUUUCACAGGGACUCUGGGAGGUCAGGGGCUACCAGCAGCUCCAAGGUGACACUCAUGUCCCGUUUAGCUUAUUUGCUGAAAAUGUUGUAUUAGCAACAGGGGCAUCUGACUCACCAGCUCGACUGGGAGUAGAGGGGGAGGAUCUCCCUUAUGUGUUCCACAGUGUGCAUGACCUUGGGGUGGCUUUAAGCUGUCACAGCAAACUGGGCUCUUCCUCUGACCCUGUGCUGGUUGUGGGGGCUGGGCUUAGUGCAGCCGAUGCAGUGCUGUGUGCCCUAAAUCAUAGGAUCUCUGUAUUGCAUGCAUUCCGUAAGCGUGCUGAUGACCCGGGUCUCAUCUUCAAACAGUUGCCAAAGACACUUUACCCUGAAUAUCACAGGGUCUACCACAUGAUGUGUUCCCAAGUUUACCCAGCACCCCCUGUUGCCAAUCCCACAGCUCCUAAUCCAUCAUUGUUCCCUGACUACACCAGCUUCCCUGAGCACUGUAUGCUCUCCUUCCAGCCUGACAUGCACUGUGUGAUGAGGGGAUCCAAUGGUGUCCUUAGAGUCUUCAAAGUCUCUAUGGUGCUAGUUCUUAUCGGGACCUAUCCCAACUUGUUCUUCUUGAAGGAGCAAGGGCAGUACCUUGGUUUGGAUCCCAGUAGGCCAAUCUCCUGCAGACAGAAUCCCAUCGACAUAAACCCUUACACUUUCGAGUGCAACGCUGAGCCUGGGCUCUUUGCCAUGGGACCCCUUGUUGGUGACAACUUUGUGCGCUUCUUAAAAGGUGGUGCCCUUGGCAUUGCUAGCUGUUUGCGUAAGAGGCUGAAACAGAGGAUUGAGAAGAACAGGAAAUUGAUCACCGAGGAAGGAGGGUGUGGAGGACGGGGAAGAAAAGGAAGUGGGGGCGGCGGAGGAGGAUUUGUCUAAGGCUCCAAGAAAAGGUGCCUUAGGACAAAAGUCCUGGAAUACAUCUAAUUUUUAUAUGUAUGCAGUGAAAACUAAUGAAACUACAACUUUCCUACAACUUACAAGAGAAAGUACACAUAAAAAUAAGCAGAAGCAAGGAGAAACUUCUCUCUUCCCAAUGGUGUCUUAUAUUGACUGUCUUGCAAAAGGAGUUUUUGCUGGUCAGGAAUAACGUGCCAAUAUGUCAGUGUCAUGGAGUGUGCUUUACCUCUUGUUGUUACAAAUGCUGUUUGUUGCCUUGUUGUUUGUAAUUAGUUACCUGCUCUUACACUACAUCAUAGAUAGCGUAUCUUUCAGUUAUGAAUGCAGUGCCUAAAGGGGCGUUCACACAGACAGUGUUUUGUAGCGACAAAGCAAAAAAGCAUAAUUACAAGCAACAAACAUGCUGUUGAGAAGUGUUACAGUUUGGCAGAGCUAAAAGAUGCAGCAACUAUCAGUGGACCGUGAUUUGUCACAAAACUGGAUACAGAGGCAGAGUAUGAACGCCUAUUAAACAUCAACAGCUCAGAAACUCAGAUUUAAUAUCUGUCAGUGUGAACACACCAUACAUCAAGGAGGCUUGCACUAAACAGUAAAAGAAAGCAAUACCAAAAGAGCAGAUGACUUAGAAUGAAGGCCUAGCUCAUAAAGAUUAUGUUGCAGUCUCUAUUAAUGUUUUUGCUGUGAAAUGCCAUUUAACGCACAAUUAAUGAAUAUUAAUACGCACAAAAUUUCCAAAACCUUGAUGAGCUAAUAAUGAGCCAAUCCAUUUCUUGGUCUAAAAACGAUACAAAAUCAUGGCCUUAUCUCAAAAAAUGUAUUACGUUGUUCAUUUGGAUAUAAAUGCUAAUACCGAACACAUAGCACUUUAAACAAACAUUAAUUUCAUCCAGUGAUUCUAUGGUACCCAAGCCUGCAUUACAGGCUCCCAAAAUAAUCUGUAUUACUACUAAAAGAAAACUAUGAGGCCACAUUGUAAGACCUGGACUAUGUGUAUCUUUUCCUUCAGACAAGAUCAAAACCAACCUUAUUUUUCAUUGUAAACUAAAACAAGUGCCAAACCUUUGAAAUACAGUACAUUUUCAUUUGCAGUAACCAUGGUGUUUGUCAGUCAUUCUAGUAGUUAAGUAAAAUAGAUAAACAAGAAUGUUUUGCAUUACAGAAAAUUUUGAUUAAUCCAAUGUGCUAUGUUUUAGAAAAUUUUACUCCUAAAUAAGGUAUCUCAUAACACUCAAUAGUGAAAUAUUACUUCAUAUUCAAAUAAAUGUUUUAUUGCUUUGAAAUAUUAACUAAAAUAACUUUUGAGCUUGCACUGUUAAGUUUUCACCUCAGCCAUUCGUACUGAUUGCUGAGGGAAUCUUUGUGUGGAGUGACAGUUUAGAUAGUAGAUAUCAUCAUAAGACUUGAAGGUACACUUGAAGGAACCAAAACCAUAAGAAGACAAAUCAGAGCUUUUAGAAGUAAAGUCCUUUAAUUCAAUGCAGGACGGUCAAAGCUGCAUUACAAGGUGAUGUAUUGCGGGGUGGAGGCAAAAUACAACCUGCUCAAUUUUGUAAAACUCAACUUUUAAUAUAUACAUAUAGGUUUUGUACAAAGUAUUUUUUAUUAUAGACCAAUAAAUCUCUAAUAAAAAUGGAAA